GUUGCAAAAUUUACACUCGCGCCGACCAAAUUGUUAAGUUAUUAGCCAUAGCUAGUACUACCAAUUUUAGUUUUGACCCACUCACGACUCACGAGCUUCUAUCGUGAUAAUCAACAAUCUUUGUAACAUGGCAUCGGCAUUAAAGUGAGCAAUCUUUUGCAAUUCAUCCUUAUCAUCAUCUUAAACAAACUGUCAUUGGAUUUAAUCUCUGAAAAAUAAGAAAUUGUAAGGAGAGAACAAUAAAACAAAACACAAUUUUUCUGUAAUGGAUUACAGUGACUACGUAAUCGGGGGCUUCGCCUCUGUUGGAGCAACUUUAUUUACAAAUCCAAUCGAAGUGAUAAAGACAAGAAUUCAACUGCAAGGGGAACUUGCUGCCCGAGGAACUUAUGUGGAACCCUAUAAGGGAAUUGUCAAUGCCUUUAAGGCUGUAGCCAAGAAUGACGGAUGGUCUGGUUUGCAGAAAGGACUCGUGCCGGCUCUUUAUUUUCAAUUUAUUUUGAAUUUCUUUCGUCUAGGCUUAUAUAACACAGCGAUGUCCAAGGGUUUGAUCCAUGACAAGAACGGCGAUGUGUCAUUCAGCCGAGGAGUGUUCUUUGGAGCGGGUGGCGGUGUCAUUGGAGCGAUGGCUUCCAGUCCGUUCUUUUUGAUAAAAACUCAACUCCAAUCUCAAGCAGCUAAGUCCAUUGCCGUGGGCUAUCAGCACAUGCACACGGGCAUGUUCAGUGCCUUAGUAGCGACCUACUCAAAGCGAGGCAUCAUGGGCCUAUGGCGUGGUGCCCAAUCGAAUAUUCCCCGAGCGGCUCUUGGAAGUGGAGCUCAAAUAGCAACCUUUGGCAAGAUGAAGAGCCUCCUCCGGGAUCACGAUAUAAUUGUCCACUCAACAAUGAACUCCUUUGCAGCUGGAGCCAUUGCAGGGUCCUUUAUGUCCCUGGCUAUCACUCCGCCCGAUGUCAUUGCCACUCGUCUCUAUAAUCAAGGACUUGACGAACAUGGCAAGGGGUUGUAUUAUCGCGGAAUGUGGGACUGUUGUGUGAAAAUACUCAAAACCGAAGGCAUCCAUGGCAUGUACAAAGGAUUCUGGGCUAAUUAUCUACGAAUCGCUCCCCACUCAACAUUGGUGCUGUUGUUUUUCGAUGAAUUGCUUAUUGUUCGAGAUGAGUACAAGGAGAAAAAGAUUAUUUAAAGACUAUAGGUAAACUCUUUUAAGCAAGCUACUAUGAUGCUCUUCCAUAAGCACAAAACGAGAUAUAAACCUCAUAAACUUUGUAUUGCAAAGUGCCUUUUGUUGACUUUGUUUUUGUUAUUUUUUUAUCGAUUAAGGACUAUUAUUUUUUUUAGAAUAGAGACAUAUGUAUGUAAUAAAUAAUAUUUUAAAAAACAUGAAA